AAAUAAAAUAUUUAUGUUGUGUGCGUUUAUAGUUUUUAAUGAGUUUUUGAGGAAACAAAUUGGUAAGAAAAAAAAGGGAAAUUGACGAUGUUGGUCUUGAUCCCCAAUAAUAGUUGCAAAUGGCAGGACAUUUUUGGUGAUUUAGGAAGGUCAGCAUCUAACCUAGAGUUGCUGGAAAAUGCAGCAAAAUAAGGGGUUGUGCUGUAGUGAAUGCUGAUAGUAGAUUUUGAAAUUUAAUUGAGCAUACGCAGAAAGAAACAUGCAUAGAUUUUCGGCGCUUUUCUUCAGAAAACGUGCUAUUUCCUCCCUUCUAUCAUUGGUAAUCAGACACGAAACCACCGUAUGCCAUUUCUUCUGUACUACCUCUGAGGUAAGUUCUUCUCGAACCUCUUCACUAUUACCACCACCACCACAUUGCAAUUCAACAUUUGACAACCAUGGCUGCUUAACAAACCAAUUUGGCCUCAUUCGUCUCCAAGAGAUUUCAAUAAAUCACACAGACGACCAUACCCAUGACGAGUUUGCUUCUGAUGUGGAGAAGGUAUAUAGAAUAUUAAGAAAGUACCAUUCUAGGGUUCCCAAAUUGGAACUUGCUCUCAGAGAAUCUGGAGUUGUUGUGAGGCCUGGAUUAACAGAGCGUGUGUUGAGUCGGUGUGGUGAUGCCGGGAAUUUGGCGUAUAGAUUCUAUUCCUGGGCCUCCAAGCAAUCCGGUCAUCGACUCGAUCACGACGCGUACAAGGCAAUGAUUAAGGUUUUGAGUAGGAUGCGGCAGUUCGGUGCUGUUUGGGCACUGAUUGAGGAAAUGAGGCAGGAGAAUCCUCACUUGAUUACGCCCCAAGUGUUUGUUAUUUUGAUGAGGAGGUUUGCCUCCGCGAGGAUGGUUCACAAGGCGGUUGAAGUGUUGGAUGAGAUGCCCAAGUACGGCUGUGAGCCGGAUGAAUAUGUUUUUGGGUGUUUGUUGGAUGCUUUGUGCAAGAAUGGAAGUGUUAAGGAGGCUGCUUCGCUGUUUGAGGACAUGAGGUAUCGGUGGAAACCGAGUGUGAAGCAUUUUACUUCAUUGUUGUAUGGUUGGUGUAAGGAAGGGAAGCUUAUGGAGGCCAAACAUGUGUUGGUUCAGAUGAAGGACAUGGGCAUUGAGCCGGAUAUUGUGGUUUACAACAACUUGCUUGGUGGGUAUGCUCAAGCUGGCAAAAUGGGGGAUGCUUAUGAUCUUUUGAAAGAGAUGAGGAGGAAGAGGUGUGAGCCGAAUGCUACAUCUUACACGGUUUUGAUCCAGUCACUAUGUAAACAUGAAAGGUUGGAGGAGGCAACACGUUUAUUUGUUGAGAUGCAGACAAAUGGUUGUCAGGCAGAUGUUGUCACGUAUUCCACAUUGAUAAGUGGAUUUUGCAAGUGGGGAAAAAUCAAAAGGGGUUAUGAGCUUUUGGAUGAGAUGAUACAGCAAGGGCAUUUCCCGAAUCAGGUUAUUUAUCAGCAUAUCAUGUUGGCUCAUGAGAAGAAGGAAGAACUGGAAGAAUGUAAGGAACUGGUGAAUGAGAUGCAGAAGAUUGGUUGUGCUCCAGAUCUUAGCAUCUAUAAUACAGUCAUUAGGUUGGCUUGCAAGUUGGGUGAGGUCAAGGAAGGUAUUCAGCUUUGGAAUGAAAUGGAAUCAAGUGGGCUCAGUCCGGGCAUGGACACCUUUGUCAUCAUGAUUAAUGGGUUUCUUGAGCAAGGCUGUCUAGUUGAAGCUUGUGAGUAUUUCAAAGAGAUGGUUGGGAGAGGGCUUUUUACUGCUCCUCAAUAUGGUACCCUGAAGGAGCUGAUGAAUUCUCUUUUAAGAGCUGAGAAGCUUGAAAUGGCCAAAGAUGCUUGGAAUUGUAUCACAGCUUCUAAAGGAUGUCAGCUAAAUGUGAGUGCAUGGACAAUCUGGAUUCAUGCACUCUUUUCAAAAGGACAUGUGAAGGAGGCUUGUUCAUUCUGUAUAGACAUGAUGGAUAAGGAUUUAAUGCCAAAUCCAGAUACUUUUGCAAAGCUUAUGCAUGGUCUGAAGAAAUUAUAUAACAGGCAGUUUGCAGCAGAGAUCACGGAGAAGGUAAGGAAAAUGGCAGCUGAUAGGCAGAUCACUUUCAAGAUGUAUAAACGGAGAGGAGAGAGGGACCUGAAAGAAAAGGCAAAGGAAAAAAAGGAUGGGAGGAAGAGGAGGGCGAGACAACGCCAAUGGGGUGGAGGCCGUCAGAAAUUAUAAUUUUCAUCAGUGAAGCUUGACUUAAAAUAUGUAGUAAUCUCAGAGGAGUCUGAUUUCUGGCAAGAAUUUGGUCAAGCAAAUCAAUUGAGUGGAAAUUAAAUGAUCUUUUUUACUGGUCAGUUCAUUAGAGGAUCUGCUUUUUCUCUGAGGUAUCUAUACUUACUGUGCUCCAGCAACUACGAAGCGACCGGCCAGUUCAAGUGGAAAAGGAGCAAACAAGAAAGCAGGAAACUCAAAGCGAUCCCAAACAGAGCAGUAUACUUUCUUUUUUCAAGAAAGUUUGAGAACUCCAGAAAAAUCACAAUGUUCAAUUCAAAAGAGACGACCCUUUUACAGGAUCAUUCAUCAAUGCUAGUUCCCUCAUGAUGUCAGGAUAUUGCAUUAUGCAGUUCUGGUUCUUUUAGUUGAGGGGUUUCACUGUAAUCUGGAUGCAGGAUUGGUUGAAAUACCUUGGCGUGUUAUGUUUUCCUUGCACUAUUGCUACUAUAACUAAUCAGGUUCACAUACAGUUCCGCGCACAAUUAAUCAGGUUGUGAUGGGUAACUCUUGAUCUCGGUUGAUUGAGGUUUCAAACAUGCCUAGUUUAAGUGAAAGCUAGUGUAAAAUAAGGUGAAGUAUGAGAAUAUAGUUUUUGAUAGAACAAAAGUUAGACACAGUAUCGUUUUAUCUAUUCUCGCUUAAAGUAGGCAAAAAUGUUGUGAAUUAGGACAAUUUAUGUUUUGCUUUAAAACAUGGUACAACGCAAUAGAAUUUGGAUUGGAAAGCGAA